AUGAUAUUUUAUCGAGGGUUUGCACUUUCAACUGAGACCUUAGUUUCAAAAAUCCUUAUUGUCUUCUAUUUGGUGUAUGGAGAUUCAGAAACCAAAGAUCUAAACAAGCUAGUCAUAUUUGCAACAGUAACAUCUUUACUAUCGCUAGCAGGAGCUAUACUGCUUCCUGAGUCUCCUAGAUAUCUCUAUGAAAGAAAAAAGUGGCAAGAGCUUAGAGAAAGUAUCAGCUUCAUUGCCAAUCUGAACGAAGCCAGCAUGGAUACAACAUACUUAAUAGACAGCCAAGAGAAAGAUUAUCCUUCUGUUGAAACUCUAUUACGAGAUGGUAUUUUCAAAUUCUAGCUAUAGAUCACCAGAAAAAAAACUAUAGCAAAUAAAUCUUGUCCCAAAGCAAGCAGGCAUAUCCUUUGUUUAGAUCCAAAUAGUGCACUA